UUUUCAGCAGUCCUCUUCCAGCUGCAGCCAUCAUGCCUGCCUCCUUGCUGUGGGUGGUGGAUGUGUAUGGUCGUGUAUACAGCCUGUCCACUGGGGGGCAGCAGUGGGAGCAGUGCCGCAACACCCAGCUGGAGUUUAAGCGCGUGGCGGCGGCGCAGCAUUGCUGCUGGGGCAUCGCCUGCGACCACAACAUCUACCUGAAUGUCCAGGCCUCCGACCUGCCCAUCCGCUACCGGGAGGAGACCUACGAGAAUCACCGGUGGAAUCCAGUGGAUGGUUUCUCAGAGCGUCUGUUGCCGAGCGACCGUUGGCAGUGGAGUGAUGUCACCGGUCUGCAGCAUCAGCCGCUUCACAGCUUCCGGCUGCCGUCUGAUAACUGGGAGUGGGAGGGCGACUGGUAUGUGGAUGAGAACUUUGAGGGAGAACCCACCGAGAAAGGAGGAUGGACUUAUGCCAUUGACUUCCCUGCCACCUACACCAAGGAUAAGAAGUGGAAUUCCUGUGUCCGUCGCAGGCGAUGGAUCCGAUACAGGAGAUACAAAGCCAGAGACACCUGGGCGAAGAUCCCCUCAGAGCAGUCGGGUAUACCGGACCCAUUUAAUGACAUCAGCUGUGGAGGUUGGGAGAUCAGUGAAGAGCCCGUUGGACGGAUGUCAGUGUGGGCCGUCUCUCUGCAGGGGAAGGUGUGGUUCAGGGAGAACAUCUACCACCACAACCCUGAGGGCUCCUCCUGGGAGGAGGUAGUGGUGCCUGGGGAGGUGGUCCAGGUCAGCAGUGGUCCAGGGGAGUUGGUCUGGGCUGCGCUAUGGGAGGGACAGCUCAUUGUCCGGGAGGGCAUCGCCAGAGACUGCCCCAAAGGUACAUCCUGGGUGGUGGUGGACUCUCCCAGCCCUGACAUUGGAGUCAUUCAUGUGGCAGUGGGGGUCAACGUGGUCUGGGCCGUCACCAAGGACAACAAAGUGUGGUUCAGACGAGGCGUCAGCUCCCAUAAUCCUUGUGGUUCGGGUUGGAUCGGCAUGGUGGGGGAGAUGAUGAUGAUCAGCGUUGGACUCCACGACCAGGUUUGGGCGAUUGGCAGCGAGGACCGGGCGGUGACCUUCAGACAGGGCGUGACCUCCAGUGAACUCAGCGGGAAAACCUGGAAAGCCAUCAGCGUUCCCAGAGACAGCGACCGGUCCCAUUCCAGUUCCAGCAGUCUGCACAGUGCUGGCUGUUUCUUCUCUGGCGAGGUGCGCGCCCAGUCCGUGCUGAGCGACGUGGAGUCUGACACAGAGAGAGGGGGGGCUUCUGCCGAGGGGGUAGUCACAUCUGCCCCCCCGGAGGUCCUCAGCAACGCCGCUGCUGACCCCACCAGCUUUGACCCCAAACCACACAUCCCGAAGGUCACCAGCGACAGCUUCAUCUCCGAGCUCGUCUCCGACCGAGAACCAGGGGGGACCGGCAAAGAUGGGGGAUCCGCUGCCACGGCAAUCCAGGAAGAGGACUCUGUAUGUGGGUGCGACCAGCCAGCGUGCCCCCCUGCCGACCUCCGUCGGUCCGCCAGCCAGAGCGGAGGACCCCCGGACCCCCAGUGGAGUAACGUGGAACUGGAGGAGGUGCAGGGCCAGCCGCCGGGGGCUGCCACAGUGCUGGAGGAGGCCGACACGUGCAGCCUGUCGUCAGUGGCGACGUACACGCUGGCGGCCGAGGAGCCGUAUGGAGCAGACGACCAGCCGGUGUGGGCCUGGAUCUGUGGAGCAGGAUGCUCCGUGGAAAACCCAACCCAGCUCAGCUGGUUCAGCUGCACAGCAAACUCUAUGUCUCUAGUCCAGUCUGUCCAGUCCAUGAGUCUGUCCAUCAGUCCAGCGCAGACCGCCGCCUGGCGUAUGCAGAUCUUCGAGCAGCUCAGCGAGCGCUCCAAAAGAGAGGUGGACAGUUUCCGACACUACGAGCAGGCUGUUGAGCAGGCGGUGUGGGUGAAGAAGGGCGCCAUGCAGUGGUGGAGGGACUGGAAGCCUCACAAGUGGGUGGAUGUGACGUUUGCUCUGGAGCAGUUCUCAGGUCCUGACGGAGACAAGGACGGUGUCCUCUUCCUCUACUACACCUCCCUCCACCAGGAGAAGAAGUACCUGCAUGCCUUUGUUAACGAAGUGACCAUCCUGGUUCCGGUACUGAAUGACUCUAAACACACCUUCGCCAUCUACACACCAGAGAAGACCAAGCAGAGGUGGCCCAUCAGGCUGGCCGCCUCCACCGAGCUGGAGAUGAACGACUGGCUGGCGUUGCUGAACGAGUCCUGCUGUGAGUCCAGGGGGAUCCAGGGGGCGCCGUCCAAACAAGCCAUCUGGUCGGUGACCUGUAAAGGAGACGUCUUCGUGAGCGAGCCGUCUCCUGGUCUGGAGGGCUCGCUGUACCCGACACCCUGCGACCAGAUGUUCUGGCGGCAGGUCGGGGGUCACCUGCGGCUGGUGGAGUGUAGCGGCCUGGGCGUGGUCUGGGGCGUCGGGUUCGACCACACCGCCUGGGUGAACAGCGGCGGCUACGGCGGCGGCUUCUGUCAGACGGACGUGAAGAGCGUCUACAUCUACGAGAACCAGAGGUGGAACCCUGUCACAGGGUACAGCACCAGAGGUCUUCCCACAGACCGCUACAUGUGGAGUGAUGCUACAGGACUUCAGGAGUGCACCAAGACCAACACCAAGCCCCCCUCCCCCCACUGGACAUGGGUGUCUGACUGGGCGAUCGACUACGGCGUGUCUGGAGGCACAGACAGGGAGGGCUGGCAGUAUGCUGCUGACUUCCCAGCGUCAUAUCAUGGUUAUAAGACCUUGAAGGACUUCGUACGUCGCCGGCGGUGGUUCAGGAAGUGUAAAGUGAGCACUAUGGGGCCCUGGCAGGAAGUCCCGCCCAUCCCUCUGAGUGACGUUACGAUCCUCCCGUGCCCAGCUGAUGGCAGCGUGGAGGCGGUGCCUCUGUGGGCCAUCAGCAAUAAAGGAGACGUGCUGUGCAGACUGGGAGUCACCACGCUGACCCCCGCCGGUUCGUCGUGGCUCCACGUGGGAACUGAUCAGCCUUUUAAGUCCAUCUCCAUCGGCUCCGCCAGCCAGGUUUGGGCCAUCGCCAGAGACGGUUCGGCUUUCUACAGAGGUUCUGUGUCCACUCAGAGUCCGGCAGGUGAAUGCUGGUAUCACAUCCCGUCUCCAGCCAAACAGAAGCUGAAGCAGGUGUCUGUUGGGAGGACAUCCAUCUACACUGUAGAUGACAAUGGUAACCUGUGGUACCGCCAGGGCGUGACCCCCAGUUACCCCCAGGGCUCCUCAUGGGAGCAUAUCUCCAAUAACGUACGCAAGGUGUCUGUGGGACCGCUGGACCAGGUGUGGAUCAUAGCAGACAAGGUGCAGGGCAGCCACAGUCUGAGCUGUGGAACCGUCUGCCGGCGUCUGGGAGUCCAACCCAUGCAGCCCAGAGGACAGUCCUGGGACUACGGCAUAGGGGGUGGAUGGGACCAUAUCACCAUCAGAGGAAAUUCCAUGGAGCCGCCUCGGGUCCAUAUGCAGUCUCUAACAGAACCCUCCCUCUCAGCCCCCUGGAGGCUACUCCCCACCAGGAACCAGCCGGAGGUCAACGACAAUACUGUGGGAUGCUAGACCC